AUUAGAGCGCCGGACUGCAACUCCGGCAGGUAGGGUUUCGGUGCAUACGACACGUGGUGGGCGUGCCCAAGGCUAUAUAACGACCCCGCCCUCCCGCAGCGCCGCCUUCGUUCCUCGCACCACCAUCUCCUCCUCCAGUCGUCGCAAGCGCUAUCCGGACAGGGGCGGGAGCUCGGGAAGGAGAGAGAGGAAGCAGGGAGAGAGGCGAGGGAGCGGAGCAUCGACGAGAUGCAGAUCUUCGUGAAGACGCUGACGGGGAAGACCAUCACCCUCGAGGUGGAGAGCAGCGACACCAUCGACAACGUCAAGGCCAAGAUCCAGGACAAGGAAGGCAUCCCUCCGGACCAGCAGCGCCUCAUCUUCGCGGGGAAGCAGCUGGAUGAUGGCCGCACCCUGGCCGACUACAACAUCCAGAAGGAGUCCACGCUGCACCUGGUGCUGCGCCUCCGCGGGGGCACCUGGAUCGAGCCCAGCCUCAAGGAACUCGCCCAGAAGUACAACCAGAAGAAACUGAUCUGCCGCAAGUGCUAUUCACGCCUGCCGCUCAGGGCUACGAAUUGCCGCAAGAAGAAAUGUGGCCACAGCAACCAGGCAAUUGAUUCUAUGUUAUGCCUGGAUGCUUUAAAUUGCCCCCCUGCAACAUGUGCAAGAAGAAAUGUGGCCACAGCAACCAGCUGCGGCUGAAGUCGAAAAGGCGUUGGUUCUGUUGAAGAGCCACACAUCAGUUGGAUCAGCUAUCUACUUGUCUCAGCUUAUCAAGACUGGCAGAACUUCUAAAUGUCUUGGUGUAAUGUUCCUGCUGGAUGUGGAGCAUUGUCUCUUUUGAACAGUUGGUUAUUUUUCUCUGCAUGCUUAGGACAUGUGAUGAUUGUAAUAUGGCAGCUUAACUCUUUUUGGCUGGAUUGAGCACUUACCUAAUUUCUAUAUAUGCUGCUCUGUUUUCAA